UUCAUUGUUUCUCCAUAGUCCAUCCCUCCCACUCAUCCUCCCAUUUUCCCCAUUGCUAAUGACUUGUCUUCAUUUUUUUUCUCUUCUUUCUCUUAAUAUUUUCCAAAAUCCCUUUUCUAAAAAUUUGAUUGUCUUCUUUUUUUACCUAUCUUCUUUUUUGUGUCCAUUAAACAAUGAAAAUGGCAUAUUACCAAUCAUCCUUUCCCCUCUGUAGGAAACACCCAUCAUUGCCCCCAACAAUCCUUUUCAACCUUAGAAACCUGAGCUUCUAAGAUAUUCCAUUCUUCCAAUUCCUUUCACUUUUCUUCUCCUUUUUUUUCCCUCAAAAUUCUCCUUUUUUUUUCCCUUAUGCUUCUUCCACUCUCUCUCAAUUUAAAUAUCUCCUCCCUCUUCACAAAUCUCUCUCCCUUCUCACUCCUCCAAUACACUUUUCUUGAUCUUUUUUUUUCCUUCCUUAAAUUUUUUUCAAUUUCCACAAAACUUUAACAACUUAACAAAAAAAAAUGGAUCCUUCAUCAACAAACUCAGUGAAUGGAUUCUACUCAUUUCUAACUAGAGGAAUAGAUGAUCUUGAAAGAGUGUUCUUAACAAACAACUUCAUGUCAAUUCAAUUCCUUCAAAGAACACUUUCACUUCUUCGAUCUUUACACACACAAUUGACCCUUUUGGUUCAAAAGCUUCAUCUACCAGUUGGUGAUAAAUGGCUUGAUGAAUACAUGGAUGAAAGUUCUAAGCUUUGGGAAGCUUGUCAUGUUCUUAAGUCUGGCAUUUCAGGAAUUGAAAAUUAUUACUCUGCUGCUUCAAACAUCACAUCAACUCUUGAUUCUCAUAUUCACAUCACCCCUCAAAUCUCUAGACAGAUAAUAAGAGCAAUAUCAGGUUGUAGAAGAGAAGCAGUUGGGCUAGAAGAAGAGAAUCGUGCUUUAAUGGAAACAAGGAUUCAGCCACUUUCAUUACGUUUUGAUGAAAGAGUUUCAAUUGAAUCAAAACUAAACGGUUUCAACGGUUUCAGAGGUGUUUUAUACGCAAUGAGAAACGUGAGUUCGUUGUUAUUAAUGAUCCUCUUAUACGGUUUGGUCUAUUGUUAUCCAGAAUCAUCGGAUUUGAUCUUCGGAGGGUACGAGGAUUAUGAAUACGAAGGUUGUUUAUUUCUUGGAUCAUCUUUUAUGAUCUCAACAGCAAGAUUACAGCAGCGUGUGGCGGCGGAGAUGGCAGGGAUCAAUGGUGGGCCAGGGAUGUUGUUACAUGAAUUUAGAAGAUCAAAAGUUGUUAUAGAAGAUCUUAGAGGUGAAAUGGAGAGAAAAGGAUCAAUGAUGGAAUGGGAAAAUGAAGUUGCUAUUAGAGAAAGAGUUGAUAAUUUGAGAAGCUCUUUUGGUGUUCUUAGAUCUGGUGCUGAUAAUAUUAUUGCUCAACUUGAUGAUUUCUUUGAUGAGAUUGUUGAAGGAAGGAAGAAGCUUUUGGACUUUUGUAGUCAUAGGUGAAAAAAAAAAAAAAAAAAAGGAAAAAUAAGUCAAUUAUUUAUUAGUAAUGGUGGAAUUGAACUAUUGAAGAAGAAGAAAUAGUUUCCUUGAAAGGAAAGAAAAAAAAAAUGGUAGAGAUUAGAGUAACAUUUGAUGGGGUUGUUGUACCUUCUUCUAUUAACCCCUUUUUUUUUUUACUUAUUAGAAGUUAUCUUUUGUGGUGUUUUGUUUUGUUUUUCACUUUUACCUUGGUUGAAAAACAUGAAAAUUUCAUGCCACUUACCUCAUAGAUCAGUAGAUUAGUUUAACGAGUUGUGUUAUUUAAACAUCAAAAUAUAGACACGCGUAGACACCAAA